AUGAUUGACUUAUCCAAAGAAUAUAAUUUAGUAUCAAAAAAUAUUAAUAUUGAUGAAACGAUCCCAUUAUGUACCAUUGAUGGAAGUAUUUUACAAAAAGUUGUUGAUCGUUCAAAGUUAAAUUUUCGUGUUCUUUAUAUGUUAGAAAGUAAUAUUUCUUUUAAUUAUCUUAAUAAUUAUAAUCUUAAGGAAGAUUUCAUUAUUUUAUUAUCAAAAUUACCAAUUCAUGUCGCUAUUUAUAUAUUGGAGGGGAUUUACUCAAGAAAGAAACGUAUUUACGAUCCUUUGACAUAUUUACGAUCUGAGUUGCAGAUCAUAAAAUCUAAUCAUGUCGAUAUUAAUCCAAAAUAUAUACCAUCACAUUGUGUUAUGAUGCGUAAAGUUGUAAUCUCUCCUACAACUAUGUAUCUUUUACAUCCUACUAUUGAAACUUCAAAUAGAGUGAUUCGACGUUUUCGUGAUAAAAUGGAUAAUUUUUUACGUAUUCAAUUUGUAGAUGAAGCAUGUGGAAAAGUUGGUUCUUCAAAUGGGAAUAAUAUUUACGCUUUAUACAAUAGAAUUUAUCAUACUUUAAAUCGUGGUAUCAAGAUUGGUAAUAGACAUUACGAAUUUUUGGCUUUUUCUUCAAGUCAAUUAAGGGAUCAUUCUUGUUGGUUUUUCGCAUCAACUGAGGAUUUAACCGCAAAUCAUAUUAGGGAUUGGAUGGGGGAUUUUACCAGUAUUAAAAAUGUUGCAAAAUAUGCUGCUCGUAUGGGGCAAUGUUUUUCAAGUACCCGUGAAAUUCAAGAUUUACCUGUGAAUAAUAUUGAAGAAAUAUCUGAUAUCGUUAAAAAUGGUUACACAUUUUCUGAUGGUACCGGAAAAUUAUCUUUUUCAUUAGCAAAUAAAAUCGCUCAAGAAUUAGAAUUAAAAUAUAUUCCUAGUGCUUUUCAAUUUAGACUGGCUGGUUACAAGGGUGUAUUAUGCCAAUCACGUUUCGUACGAGGUGAUGAGAUAAAAGUUCGUCCUAGUCAAUAUAAAUUUGAAUCUAGUCAUAAUGUAUUGGAAGUUAUUAGAUGUUCGAAUUUUAUUCCAGCAUAUCUUAAUCGACAAGCCAUAACAUUAUUAUCUACAUUAGGAAUACCUGAUAAUGUAUUCAUUGAAAUGAAAGAUUUACAAGUUAAUGAAUUGAACAAAAUAUUUAAUGAUGAAAGAACGGCUAUAAAACUUUUACAAAAAAAUUCUGAUGAAUAUGGGAUAUCAAGGGAAUUGGCAGAUCUUGUAAAAGCCGGAUUUUUACAAAUAAAAGAUCCUUAUGUUACGAAUUUAAUUUCCUUAUUCCGUCUUGUGAUGUUGAGAGAUCUCAAGAAAAAAGCUAAAAUCCGUGUAGAAAAAGGCGCAUUUUUAUUAGGAGUUUUAGAUGAAACUCAAAGUUUAAAUGAAAAUGAAAUUUAUUGUUGCGUCACAGAUCCAAAUGGUAGAAAUGGUAGAAGAGUGAUCACUGGAACCUGUAUUGUGUUUCGAAAUCCAUGCUUUCAUCCUGGUGAUAUACGAGUAGUUACAGCUGUUAAUUGUAAAAAUUUGAGUAAUCUUAUGGAUGUUGUGGUAUUCCCAGCGACUGGUUAUCGAGAUAUCCCUAGUCAAUGUAGUGGUGGCGAUUUAGAUGGUGACGAUUUUACUAUUAUAUAUGAUGAACGUCUAAUCCCCAAGAAAAAACGUAUUGAACCUAUGGCAUAUGAAGCUCAAAGACCUGACUAUAUUGAAAAUGUAACAAUUGAAGAUGUUCAAUCAUUUUUUGUAAAUUAUAUUUUAUCUGAUCAACUUGGUAUAAUAGCAAAUUCACAUUUGGCGAAAGCAGAUCAUUUUGAAACUGGGGCAUUUCACGGACAAUGUAUAAGAUUGGCACAAUUACAUUCCGAAGCAGUAGAUUUUCCAAAAACAGGAAAACCAGCAAUACUAUCAUCAGUACUUCGAGCUAAUACUUUUCCAGAUUUUAUGGAAAAACAUGAUAAACCUACUUAUAUAUCGGAAAAAGUUUUAGGUAUAUUAUAUCGUUCUAUUAAUGAAGAAGCGUUUAAUCCAAGUUAUCAAAUGGUUCUUGAUGAUAGAUUACAUGUUCAAGGAUAUAAAACUUAUGUGGAGGAGGCACGAAAGAUCAAAAGUACAUAUGAUGCAGAUAUAAAAGGAUUAAUGAAUCAAUAUGGUGUUAAAACUGAAUUUGAAGUGACUAGUGGAUAUAUCGUGAAUACUAUCAUAAAUUUAGAAAGAAAAAAAUCACGAGAUAUAAAUAAAUCCGUGAUGGAUGCUUUUAUUUCAAUUAGACGACAUUAUCGAAAAUUAUUUGAAGAAGAAUUUUAUGGAAAAGGAACUAAUAUAAUUUCACCUGUAGCUCAUAAUAGAAUGAGAGCUAAAGCUGCUGCUUGGUAUUUUGUAACAUAUCAUCCCGCAGAAUUAAAAGGUAAUCCUUCCGAAAGGAUGAUUUCUUUUCCUUGGGUGGCAUAUGAUGUUUUGUGCGAUAUUGUUAAUGAAACUAGUGAAAGUAAUGUAAAUAAUGUUAUUAAUAUUAAACCUAACGUGAAGAAUAAACAAAAAACGGCGGGAAAAAAAUCUAAAAGUAAUACUAUUAACGUAUUACCUAAAAAUGAUGAUAUAAAUGAUGACAUCGAGGUAUUAAAAAGGUCAUUGAAUUGA